UAGUUGGCCGCAGGCUGAAUGCGCGAGUGAAUGCCCGAGUCCGGCACGUCUUGAACAGGAGGAGAUUCCUCUCCCAAUAACCACGACUGCGAUCAAUUUCAAGAGACAUACGCCUCAACGCUAGUCAAGGUCAUGGAAGCCACCUCUGCGAGGAUGGCGUCGCGAAAUCAAUUUGUCUUCGACGGCUUCGCCCCGCCUCGUUCAACCCUCCAGCGCUUCAUAUAUAAUGCCUGCGACCCUAUCGCCAACCUAGAACCCAAUCUCGCCUUGAACCUCGAGAUUGUCGACCUGGUCAACUCCAAGAAAGGCAAUGCCCCGCGUGAGGCCGCAUUCACCAUUGUACAGCUCAUCAACCACCGAAACCCGAAUGUGUCUUUAUUGGCCUUGUCAUUACUUGAUAUCUGCGUCAAGAACUGCGGUUACCCUUUCCACCUCCAAAUCAGCACCAAGGAAUUCCUCAACGAGCUCGUCAGACGAUUUCCUGAACGGCCCCCCAUACGGCCCACGCGGGUGCAGAGCAAGAUCUUGGAAGCCAUUGAAGAAUGGCGGUCGACGAUAUGUCAAACAUCGAGGUACAAGGAAGACUUGGGCUUUAUCCGAGAUAUGCACAGGCUUCUUCUAUACAAGGGAUACAUGUUCCCAGAGGUGCGGAGAGAGGAUGCUGCCGUCUUGAACCCUAGCGAUAACCUCCAGUCGGCCGAAGAGAUGGAAGAGGAAGACCGAGCGGCACAAUCAGCCAAGCUACAAGAACUGAUUCGGCGAGGACGACCUCAAGAUCUACAAGAAGCCAACAGACUCAUGAAGGUCAUGGCUGGAUAUGACACGAGGCACAAGACCGAUUACCGAGCAAAGGCAGCGGAAGAGGUUGCAAAGGUCCAGCAAAAAGCCAAGAUAUUGGAAGAGAUGCUUCAAAGCCAUCAACCCGGCGACAAAUUCGGCGAUGGCGAUGUUUUCGAGGAAUUGGCCGGUGCGCUUCAGAGCGCUCAUCCCAAGAUCCAAAGGAUGUGCGAGGAAGAGUCGGACGAUGCUGAAGCGGUCGCAAAGCUGCUUGAAAUCAACGACAGCAUCCACCGGACGAUUGAAAGGUACAAGCUGAUGAAAGCUGGCGACAUUGAAGGAGCCAACAGGAUCGAAAAGGGGACUCUGGGCACCACGACCGGGGUGGGCAAAAAUGCAGCAAACGAAUUGUCGUUGAUUGAUUUCGAGCCGGAACCCCCAGCAGCUCCAACAGUACCGACACAUACGAAUGGCUCCCUUCUUGAUGCUGGCCCUACUUCAUCAACCGCACAGCACAAACCAACAACAGUUGAAGACGACUUACUAGGGCUAUCGCUGGACGAUCCCGGUGCCGGCACACCAGGUGCGAUUUCUCUAGGACCAAGCACACAUUUUUCAGCUCCAUCAGGGUCGAUCUUCUCAAACACCGCCUCAAAUGUCGCCCCGAGCCAGCCGACAGUGUUCCAAACUUCAUCUCAGACGUCCCCGAAACCCAAUUACGAUGCUUUUGCAUCACUCAUCAGCGCCCUCCCUUCUUCCAAACCUGCAACUCCAGCACCUAUGGCGCAGCCGCCGCGACCAUCGAGUCAAGCACUGGCCGACCCAUUCGCAGCACUGGUGUCGUCCAGUUCGCGGCCUGCGACGCCUUCAAGACAUGCCAACCCACCGCACCCAUCAACACCGCCAGCUACGGGGAUAAGCCAAGGACCGUCUGCACCGGCUGAAGACGAGUGGACAUUCGAGUCGUCGUUGCCCGAACCGCAGACAGUACAGGUGCUUUCAUCACCUCUCGGGAUCGAGUUUGAAGCUCGACGGACACCAGGACAGCAGGUGAUCCAAAUAACGGCGCAUUUCUCCAACACGACGCCGCAAAGGAUCAGCGGCUUACAUUUUCAAGUUGCCGUGGAGAAGAGCUACUCACUCCACCUGAAGCCGCAAAGUGGGCGCGAAUUGGCUCCCAGCACGCAUCACUCUGUCCAGCAAGAGAUUUUGCUCAAUGGAGUGCCAGCAGGAAAGGGCAACCAGGUCAAGAUGCGUUUCAAAGUAUCUUACGAAUUGAAUGGACAACCACAAGAACAGCAGGGCAAUGUUCCGCCGCUGGGAGUUAGUUAACAGCCACACAGGGUUUGAUGAGUUGCUCCAAGACUAGAUACCACGUGAAGGCGUAUGCAAGGGGGCAACAUGAUACUAGCGAGCUGCGCCGUGCGUCGUACCAUUCACGCUCGGACGCAAUAGGGCGAUACUUUGAGUUGGUAGAGUUCCCCGUCGAAGCCAUAGUGGCGGGACGCAGAGGAUGGAAUGCAUUAUUAUUCUUUGUAUGUAGCGCGCCCGUGAAAUGGGGUUCCCUAAGGUUUUCCCAACAUUA